AGCAUAACUAUAUUCAUAGAUAUUCAUAACCUUAAAACUUGGGUACAGUGUUUGCAUUAAGAUGUCUUUAAUACUAAGAAAAUGUUUUCAAAAUGUCCAAAUAUCAAGUCUUUUAAAGAACACAAGAGUAUUAAUGCCAGUGAGAAAUGUUGGCUCAGAAGUAUCUGAUGCUGAUGUACCAAAAUUCGAUAUGGAAAAUCCAUUUUUGAAAGAGAAACAACAGUGCAUCUUGUGCAAACAUAAGAUAGAUCCAGAUUACAAGAACGUUAAGCUUCUUUCUCAAUUCCAAUCACCUUAUACAGGCAGAAUAUAUGGAAGACAUAUAACUGGACUUUGCAAAGCCAAACACGAGAAACUUGAAUCCGAAAUCGUCAAAUCCCAGAGCGCCGGAUUAAUGACUGUAUACCUAAAGGAGCCUUGCUUCAUUAAAGAUCCAAAACUGUUUGAUGCAGAACGUCCGAUUAGACCUCAUCGUUUUUAAAACGAUUAUAAUUUAGCCAAAAUAAACUGAUAGAACUUAA